AGUUGGAAUGCUUGGCUUCAUCGUCUCUGCAGCGCAAUGCAUUGAACGCCAUUGUUGCUUCGAAUGUCUCUAAAGUUGAUUUCACUCUCAUUCUUUGAAUAAAAAAAAUCUCAAACACUUAACUGAAGGAACUCAUUGUUGAUCUUGUAUCGUAUCGAUGACACAAGAAGUAUCGGAGACAGUAAUUGUGCCGAUACCGCCUGAUUUAUUUGAAAGUAAAGGAGAGGAAAGGCGAAAUUCAUCAGGAAAAGCAAGCAUUUACAAAAAGCGUAUUCCUAAUUAUCUUAAACCGUCGACUGGAUCCUGUCAUGACUUCUGUAAGUAUGGCAGGAAUCAUACUUUUCAAGUCAAGGAAAGACGCCCCUUCCGCCGGAGAUUAUUCGUCUCUAAUGAGGUUUUGGAUGAUAAGCGUCAUGAAGAGAAAAUCCCAACUUCUGGUAAUAGAAAGAAGAAAGUAAUUCAGAAGGAAAAAGCCGAGGAACUGAUGAAUUCGAUGGAAAAUACAGUGUUAUCUCCUCCAAAUGGAAUCUCAUCUGCUGAUGAAAUGAGUGAUUUGAUUGUUGAGAAGAGCAUUGUGACUGAUGAGCUUAUAGUGAGCAGCAACCGAACCGAAGAGUUCAUCGAAGAACCUACUAUUAUCGAGCUCGAAAUCCCGCCUGGUCUGGCUAGUAGCAAUGCAUCCAGUGAGAAUUCACCUGCCAACGACGACAGAGAAUUCCCCGGAGAAGUAAUCUUCAUGGAGAAAUGCAUUGUGGAAAGUGAAAAUGGAAUUUUGAAGAAAUCACAAGAGGAAUACGUCGAACCUGAAAGUAUCAAACCAAAUAAAUUGGCAUCCAUUAAGAAGGCCAUGGCUUCUAGCAAGGAGAAAGUUCCUGGAAGCAAACAGAUUAAGGCGAGAACUUCGAAUGCAAGUGAUUUGAGAAGAGAAGUAGCGCGGUCAAAGAGUAAUGAAUCUGUUAAUAAUAAAGGUAUCAAGCAGAAGGAAACUGAUGAAUCUGUCAAGUCUACAAGCAUCAUUAAGCAGAAGACUUCUUCAAAAAUCAAGCAAGACAGCACUUUAUCUGGCGUGCGUAGAACUCUCAAACCGAUUACUUCAUCAACGUCAAAGAAGACUGAUACAUCAAACAGAACCCAAUUGAAGCUAAGAACUCCACCAAUUUCAAAAUCGACAAAUACAUUGUCAAAGAGCACUUCAUCCGGUUUAGCCAGAAUUCUCAAGCCGAUAACUUCAUCUCCUUCAAAGAAGACAGAUACAUCAAACAGAACCCAAUUGAAGCUAAGAACUCCUCAGAUUUCAAAGUCAGUGAAUACAUUGUCAAAGACCGGUUCAAAAAGAGUGUUGAGGUCACUGUCGGGCGAAAAAAGAGUGUUGAGGUCACUGUCUCUUACUAGUAUUCCAAGUGUAAAACUGCGGAACAUUACGAAAAAUUCAAGACUUGGAUCAACAAUGAAGACUGGAAAGAAGGAAUCGGAAAACAAUGAGCAGUAUACGCAAACAAGGAAAUUGAGAUCAUUGUCUACACUAUCAAAUCAUUCUCCACAAAAGAAGAAAGACAAAGAAGGUAUGUUGAUCAAGACAGUAAUAGGUCCCCGGAAGAAGACUGAACUCAAACCAGUACAAAGAAGAAAUGUGAAUGCUAAAAUGCAGGAGGCAACACCUCACAAGCUGAGUUUCCGACAAGGAAAAGUCGUAGUCCCACAGGCUGAAAACACAGCUCCGAAGCGGCUUCGUUUUCGACCAAGAGCAGCAGGUGAGCACCAAAAUGGCAUUGUAUCAUCACAGAGGAGAAUUUUGAUGAGAAAAAGAAGUGAAUUGGGUAGAGUUGGAGAAUCAAAUGGAAGAAUUGGUGAAGCUUCAAGAGUUGUGCUGAGGCAUCAAGAACAGCAGGAAAAGAAAGAUAAACAGGGAUUGUUCAAUCAUGUGAUUGAAGAAACAGCAAGUAAACUUGUGGAAACAAGGAAGAGCAAAGUGAAGGCUUUGGUUGGUGCUUUUGAAACUGUCAUUUCCCUCCAAGAAAACAAAAAAGAUUAUGCUUGAAAUAUAUAAAUAUAUAUGUUCUAGUUUUCUUAACAAUAAACAAAAGAAAAAAGAAAAAGUUGAGUAUAUAUAUAUAUAUAUAUAUAUAUUAUGAAGGGAUUGAAGGCUUUUGUGUUGAUUGCUGUAAAUGAAGGGAGAGUUUGUUUAUUUAUUGAAGAAAUUUCUUAAAUUAUUGUACAUUUAUUAAAGGGUGAUAAUAAAAUCUUAUAGUAGGAUUUGUGGAUA